AUGCUUGGUUCGGUGGUGCGGAAGAUUCCCGACGAGCUGGUGGAGCACUACCUCGGCCGCAGCGGGUUCCACUGCCCCGACCUUCGCCUAACGAGACUGGUUGCUGUAGCCACCCAGAAGUUCCUAUCAGACAUUGCUAGCGAUUCUCUUCAGCACUGCAAGGCCAGGGUAGCAGCACCUAUCAAAGACAAUAAGAGCAAACAGCCUAAGGAUAAACGUCUUGUAUUAACCAUGGAUGAUCUUUCUAAAGCUUUGCGUGAGCAUGGUGUGAACUUGAAACACCCGGAGUACUUCGCAGACAGCCCUUCAGCAGGAAUGGCUCCUUCGACAAGAGAGGAGUAG